ACGAUGACUUUCUUAAAAAUUUUCCUCUGGCUUCGAAUGGGUUCUCCGAGGGACCACUUCCACCGGAGCUCGAAGCUGCCUUAGAAGAUACAGAGCGUGCAGAACAGUAUUUGAACAAUCUAAAAGCCACGAUGGAAGCAUGGACAACUGCGGGGUUAACUGACGCAAUGAAAAGAGCUAUUGAGCUAUUACACGACAAUAAUGCUUGUACAAACGAGAACGCCGAGGAGGAAGACGAAGACACAGAUGGAAGUAACGAUGAACCGUCUACACCUACAAUUGAAGCUCAAAAUAUUCAACCUCAACCAAAAAUAGCAGAGGGAUCAGUUUCGCGUCUUGUUAAUGGCGUGUCCUCAUUGGUUGAUAUUGAGAUUUGCUUUAAUCAACGUCGAAUACCGGAGCUGGAUCUCCCAACUACACCAGAAAGCACUAUAAAAUCUGUCCUCAAUGAAUUAUACAAACUUCAGGAGGAUCUUCAAAUUCACUUGCAAGGUGGACCAUUAGCUGAACCGUCAUCUUUGGGAACACAAAGACGAAAAAAAGUUGAUGAUCUUCUAGAACGGGUCAUGAAAGAAGCUGCAUUAUACGAAGAAUUUGUUAACAGAGCAUCUCAUCUAAGCCUCGAUAGAAUUUUAAAUGAAUCCGAUGCAUCCAGUGAAGAUGAAUCCCAAGAUUCCGAAACUGUGGAUACAGAGUCUGGAGUCCACACAUUUGAGGACUCCUUAUCUGAUGUAUCUCGUAAAUCUUUAACGACCGCUUCAACAACACCUCUUUCGCCACGUUCACUAAAGGCAGUUGACUCGAGCAUUUCACGAAUUCGUUCUAUGUCGUCCACUUCAGUACAAUCUCAAACGUAUUCUCGUUCAUCAUCUCCUUCGGGGUUAGGCCUUGAAGACAUAGGAUUACUCUCUCCGCCAGAACCAUGGGAGGCAUUCAGAUGGUCGCCUCUUACAAAAAUUUCAGAACAACUUUAUUCUCCCAGUGUUAGUCAAAACGCCGGGUUGGUCACUGUCCUCUCUGUAAGUGGCAUAAUUGCCGUUGGCACUACCCGUGGUCUGGUCAUGGUUUACGAUUAUCAGCAGAAUAUGAAAUGCACUCUCGGUAGCACUGUCAAUGCUAUUGAGCAUGGCGCCGUCACGGCACUUGCUAUUUCUUCAGAUCACACCCAAAUUGUCAGUGGUCAUGCUCAAGGAUACAUUUAUAUAUGGGAUAUUCAGAAACCUACCGUUCCUGCCCGGUCGAUAUUACCUAUUUCUUCUGCUGUUGCUGCAGGUGGUAGGAAAGAAGGGCACAUUCGUGGAUCCGCAAUAUUGCAUGUUGGAUUUGUUGGU